AUGGCGCGCACUAGUACCAAGGGCCUGGGCCGCAGAGCUGGCCGCUCUACCACUGAUGAUACUCUCGACGAGGAGGAUCAACAGGAAAUCAACCGCAUCCUCACCGAGGAAGACAAGCGACGCCGUGAGGAUCUUGAAAAAGCUCCCAUGAGAGUCGAGCUGAAGCAUCUUGAGAAAAGAUGGACCAAGAAGGGUCGUCCGUUUGUCGUCGAGCCUCAAGAGGAUGAGGAUGUUCCUGAGGAGAAGGUCAACUGGUACGAGAAGUACGCCCUCUGCAUCACCCGCCAGUAUGAUUCUCAGAACAAGUACGUUUGCCGAACAUCGCUCGAGGUGAACUCUCCUGGUCUCAAGAAGGUCCUUGGAGACGUCAUCGGCAGCCAGUUUCCUGGCCAGUCCUAUAUGACCUCCAACAUCACCGUCGAAUUCCCUCCUCGGAGUCUGUACCACUACCGCCAUGAGCUGGCCGAGGCGGCCGGCGGUCUGGACCCCGAGUCCGAAGGGGCUCUUCACAUGCCGGUCCUGCUCGACUUCAUCAACGAAAAGUUCCACGACGCCAUCACCGACGGAGGGAACCUCCUCGAGCAGGGCCUGAUGAGCUACGAGCACCUCUGGACCAUCUUCCGCCCAGGAUGCCUGGUCUUCACGACCCGUCUCAGCCAGUCCCGCGUGUACAAGCUCAACAACUACAUGUACACUUGCGGCCAGUGCCCCGGUCUCCAGCUCAGCGUAGAAUACGUCGACUUUGACGGCGACGAGUUCGGGACAAGAGAGGAGUGUCUCCUGAUUCCCGCAUUCGCCGGGGCCGCCUCAAUCGCCUCGCUCAACGUCCUGCCUCUGGAUCGUCACCCUAACCCCAAUGCUGUCAGGGCCAUGUUGACCGACCGCGGUCGCCGGUGGGAGGCCCUUGCCGGCCAGAACUUCCGCGAAUACAAGGGCGUGGCGCUGGACGGCAGAUACCGUCGCUUCAACAUCGAUGGCCGUGUCAUGGUCGACACCGCAACGUACCACCGAGUCGUGGCGAACGAGGCCUUCAGCGUCGAGCCCUUCCCCAAGGCCAUCGGCCAGAAGCGGAAGCAGGCCGACGAGAGCGACAAGAUGGAGCUCGUGCCCAAGGAGACUGCCGAGUUACCGCCCCUCACCGACGAUCAAGCCCUGCUGGCGAGCCCCAUGGUCCGCGGCUUCAGCUUCACCGAGAAGAAGUUCCUCGACUUCUUCGUGGACAAGAUCAGCGCCAUCGAGUGGAACACGCGGUGCUUCGAGCAGCUCGUCCUCCCGGACGCGCAGAAGGAGCUGGUGCAGGCCCUUGUGGCGGAGCACACGGCGCGCACGACGGACCCGGACUCGUCCGCCUUUGACGACAUCGUCAAGGGCAAAGGCCGCGGCCUCAUCCUCGUGCUCCACGGACCGCCCGGCGUGGGCAAGACGCUGACGGCCGAGUGCGUGGCCGAGUUCAGCCGGCGGCCGCUAUACAUCGUGUCGUCGGGCGACCUGGGCACGUCGGCGUCGGCGCUCGACGAGAAGCUGACCAAGACGCUCGACCUGGCGAGCACGUGGAAGGCGGUGCUGCUCAUCGACGAGGCGGACGUCUUCCUGGAGCGCCGGUCGCUGCACGACAUGGAGCGCAACAGCCUCGUGUCCAUCUUCCUGCGGACGCUCGAGUACUACGGCGGCAUCCUGUUCAUGACGACGAACCGCGUGCAGACGUUCGACGACGCGUUCAAGAGCCGCAUCCACGUGCCGCUGCGGUACGACGACCUGCCGCGCGAGAGUCGGAUGCGCGUGUGGCGGAACUUCCUCGGCGGCGUCGACGGGGACGUGGACGUGGACGAGGCCGGGUACGAGAGGCUCGCCGUGGCGAGGCUGAACGGGCGGCAGAUCAAGAACGUGGUGAGGACGGCCAGGAGCCUCGCAGCGCACAAAAAACGCCGGCUGGACUACUCGCAGCUGCAGCAGGUCGUGGACAUCCAGAUGACGUUUGAGAGGGAGUUGGAUUCGGGAGAUAGAGAGGGAGAGGUCGACGUCGUGGCUCGGUAA